UGUAAUGACAUCACACAGGUGUGCGUGAAAUUCGAAAGGUUGGUGAGCGAGACAGUCAUCAAGCUGGUUGUGAGUUACGUUGCUGGAGGUUUCAGCAGAAUAGUUAUUGAGUAAGACAUUAGGGACAGCGAAUUCUACAUUCCACGUCAAAAUGACUACGACAACGAAAAUGAGCGGACUGGCCGACAGUGAAAAGCCAUCAUCGAGAGUGCUGAGGCCCCCUGGAGGAGGAUCCAGCGACAUCUUCGGAACGGCUACUGCCCCUGCAUCUGCUCCUCGACAGCAAAACCAACGGAACGGAUCCAACAUCUUCGGCGGCCCAGAGGAGCCCUCCCCAUCACGUUCCCAAGCCAACAAUUCUAGCACUCAAUCCAAUUUAUUUGGAAUGGAGCCACAUGUUCUGGCAGGGAAAGGCCGCAAUCAGAGUAGGGGCAAGUUCAACCCCAUCACUGGAGAACCCUAUGAUAAUGUUGAGUCUUCCCCUGCUGCGUCCCCAGCAGCUCCGGCAGUGACACCGCAGCAGCAGCAACAGCCACAGACGGCCAGUCCCUCAGCUGCUGCUUCAGAACAAACUGGAGGUGGUGACGGUGCACUUCAGGCCAAGGAGGGCAAGGCACAGCCAGCUGUGCACACCUCAUCCCGAGUUCUCAACCCUCCAGGGGGUGUUGCCCACAAACUGUGGUGAGCUCGAGUUCGGAUUCCCGGCCCUCUUGGUGCAUAUAGCUUGGUCACUGGAGCUGGCUGCUUCCUGAAGGAGCCCAAUCAAUGACAUGGAUGUAUCAUUGUAUAAACUACUGAAGCCACAACUCCAAGUCUGUCAGGAUUCCAGCUCAGUUCAUGUUGGUUUCUGUUGAGUUUGAGAAAAUAGCUUGUAUAUUAUGAUUUCUGUUACUGUUCUUUCAUACCUGAAUUUUUAUGAAGAUUGACAUAUACACAUGCUUUGCUCUUUGAGUUUGGAUGAACUGUAUUUACCCUGGGUUUGGAUCAAAUCAGCAUGUUUUAAGCUUCUGUAAACAAUGCCUCAUAUUUGAUGAUUUCAGUCGGUGCCUCAUCUGGCUACAGUGAUGAUAAACAGUGCCAACUGUUCUAAUAUUUUCAUUGAAUUGUUGAACUAUAAGUUCUUGCCAUAAACAUUUUACAUGUGAAGUCUUCUCAUUGGAAACGCUUUCAGUGUUCAUUGACCUCGAGUGCAGCAGUGUUUGAGAGUGGCGUAUUAACACGAAAGGGUUUUAUUACUCAACCACAGGCAGGGUCUGCUCAUGCUUCCAUACAAUUUGUAUUUGCACGUUUUUGCCAAAAGGGAUCAAUUUGUGUUUACUUCAUAUGAUUUUCUGACCAAUAUUGGGCAUUAGAUAGUGCUGGUAUUGGGGCUGCAAAUAUUUGACAGAACCAGCAGCCUCAAGGAAUAGGGAGUUUGGAAUGUCGUUAUUUUGAUUUCAUUUGUUACAUACUUUUUAAGUCAAAUGAGAAACUAUUGGAGGUUGGGUUUAAACCACAGUGGAAAUAUGAUGAAUUGUAAAUAACCCACAAAGUUUUUACCUCGAAGGCACAGUAUAACAUACUUUCUAUUCAACCAUGUCAUUUCAGUUUUGCAUGUUCAUAAUUUCCAAGAAUAUUUUCAUGACAAAUGUUCCUGAUCAAUUCACCAUGACAAGGUCCACAGCUGGUUUUCAAGAAACUAAAUUUCAUUUCAUUCAGUGGCCAUAUUGUACAGUUAUGCUUACUGUAAACUGAAUGUUGAUGGUAGGAUCCAUAAUGACUUCCUGUGACAAGGAAGACUUUGUGACUGUCUCGCACCUUGUGCAAUAUGACUUAAGUUUCUCAUCUCCAACUGCGUUUAACAUCAAAUUGCACAAAACAACUAAGUUCGAUCUCUGAAUGUGCAUUCCUCUUCUGUUUCUUAAUGUGAAUCUGCCAUCUACUGUUCCACAUCUGUCAACCGUCAUGUCUAUAUUUUCUGUAAUUUUUAUGCAUAUAUCAUAUAUUUAUUUAGCCAUUGUAAAAUAGGAGAUGUCAGUGACACAAUGGCAUUGUUAUGAAAUAUUUUCUGUCAAAUACUGUUUUCUUGUCUGUCUACGGUGAUAUGUGGGUCGGUAUGUAAACUUGGAUUUGCGACGUUUUCUGCUGAGGGUGCAAGCUCGACCAGAAAACAGGGCAGCCAAACUAGAGUUGACUGCCCUAACUGUCAUUGUCUGUCUCUACUUUGCUAUCCUCAAUAAAACUAUACAUCGUACAGCACUCA